AUGAUCGGAGUUUAUGUGGAACGUCAGGUCGAUGGGAAAUUGGAGACGAAGAGGAUCAAAUUUGAAGACCUAGCCGCCUAUGAAUCCGAUGGCUGGGUGCAAUGGUUUCCCAGAGCAAGGCGCACAGUCCCGACAAUGGACGAGGACCAUCGCAUGGCCGACGAGAUCAAUGACGUCCUCACAGCCUCCGUGCCCUACAAAGAUACAGCCAACAUCAUCUCCCGUGAGAUAGAGCGCUCUUGUACCGGUGACAACAUGGCUUGGGUCGAAGGACCAAUGCUUGAUGGACACAUUCGGUUUCGUGUUCGUCAACUUUCUGCACAGAACAGCGUCGAGGACAAUCGCACGAAGGUCACACUUUCAGUUGAACGCCAAGUCGACGGGAAAUUGGAGACCAAGAAGAUCGAAGUUGUAGCCCCAGCCGCGCAUCAAUAUGAUGGCUGGGUGCCAUCACUGCCGUGGUUCCCUGCGCCAGAGGGAGUGUGUGCUGAUUGGGGUGGUUAUGAUGCGUUUUACAAAUGGCAAGUCAACGGCCGAGCCGUGAGUGAGUCUUGGAUCAGUCAGUAUGACCCUGAUUGGCGAAACAAAGUCGCUAAGCCAAUGAGACUUGUGGAUGACGACGGAAAUGAAGAGGUCGUUCAUCACAGUGACGAUUCAGCCAAAGCCAUGCAGGAGAGGGCCGCCGAGCUCAAAACCGUGCAUGAGAAGCUCUGGGGUGAAGAGACUGGCGAGAGCAACUAA